AUGACGGCAGGUGCUGGCGUCAUUCCAAAUGGCGGGGAUGGUCUGUGCGUUGCAGUUGGCUGCAAACUUUUCGUCCGAGGCAGUCCACUCGCGCUGACCAACCAGCUUGCCACCAUACCAGAACGAGAGACAGUAGACUGCAAACAAGAUGAAUUGAGAAAAGCCAAAGGCUAUGAUGACAAGAGUCAGCUUCCAGCCGGCGACCAUGGCAAUGAUGAGCCCGCCAACCAUUGUGAUGAUGUUUUGCAGCAUGAUACCCAUACGCUGACUGGUCAUACCCUGCACAAGUGUCGCGUCACUGGCGAGGUGGGUGGUCAACUUGCCCGUGCUGUUUUCGGAAUGGUCAAACCAGCCAACUGGCUGACGCAGGAUGGUCUUGAACGAGUCGGAACGCAGACGGACACGCGACAUGGGUACGUCGGCCUGCUUCUUGACGCGCUUCUUUUUGCGUUGGUGGUCGGCACGACGCACGCCCGACCCGCGCAGGUUACGCUUGGACGACGGACGGAAGCUGUCGAGCAUCGGGUUGACGUCGGAAAAGGUGCUGCUGCGACGGGACCGCGUCUCGACCAUCUGCAACUCCUUUUGCUGCUGCUUCUCGACGAGACGAAAGUAGUAGCCGCCCAGGGCCAUGAGGUCGUCGUGCGUGCCGCGUUCCACGACCGCUCCAUUCUUGACAAAGACGAUUUGGUCGACGUUUCGGAUGGUCGACAGUCUGUGAGCGAUUAA